AGUUUUUAAUUUUGAAUAUUCAUGUUCUACAAAAUAAGCCUCCAAUGCAUAAAUAGUACCGCUGUGUUUCUCCUUUUUUUCUUUUUGUGCUGUCAGUAGACGGUGUUGUAGUUGCAGCAUUGCAUCAUGUGUGCUCAGGACACAGAUUUAAGACUGGGUGUACUCAGCAGUGUGACAGUGCUCGUAAUACUGUCAGGUUAUUGAUUUGAAAAAUUCAAGGAAUGAAGCGCUUCGGAUUGCAACUGGCAUGUCCUGCUACGCUGUGUUUGAGUAACCAGCCCCCUUUUUUACUUAUUUUUCCGUGUUUUCUCUCCCACUAAAAAAAGACAUCUUUCUAUCGAAAACACUGCGGAGGGGAUUACAUUAGGAGGCUUGUGUAACAAUGCCCCCUUCCUUAUAGGAUACUUAGCUUGGGAGAGCGCUUUCAGCCAUUUUAGCACCGGUAAAGUUUCAGUGCCUGGUUCUGUUUUCAUGUGGAACAAUGCUUUUUAACACACAAAAGCCAAAAACAAGAGCUUCGGAAAUCCAUACAGCAGCUGCUAUUGGCUUUUAUUGACGCGAGUCGCUCUUUUUACAGUGAAUUCUAGCAUGCGCUACAUGUGACGAUAGGGGAUGCGGGAGAGUGGACGAACAGACGCAGGUAAAUAACUGAUGAGGAAGGAACCCUUACCCCAUUCUUUCAGACGCUUUUUGUAAAUUUAGCACUGGAUACACGAACAGCUCCGUGAUCCUUUAGAGCAUUGCAAGGCCUCUGGAAAUGACAGAUGGAUGCAUUAGGAAGAACAGAUCCCCCCAAUCUGCAGCCCACUGGCAACAUGGACCAGACGUUUAGCUUCAGCACACUGUGACCAGCCCCCACUGUAAAGGCUGGGUAGGAUCAUGUUCCAGGGAUGUCAUCUGAUAGCCAGAUGUUGUCACUGGCUGCGAUUGCCUUGCAGAAGAAGCUGGCAGCAGAGCCAGACCACACUGAUGUCAGCCUGCCCGCCGUGGAGCGAGUUCGAGCUCUGAGCAAGAUGGGCUGCAACAUUGAGAUCAAUGAAGACAUCACCCCCAGGCGCUACUUCCGCUCUGGGGUGGAGAUGGAGCGCAUGGCAGCUGUGUACCAUGAGGAGGGCAACCUGGAGAACGCCUUUGUCCUCUACAACAAAUUCAUCACUCUAUUUGUAGAGAAACUUCCCAGCCAUCGAGACUACCAGCAGUGUACUGUUCCUGAGAAACAGGUCAUUAUGAAGAAAUUACAAGAAGCUUUUCCAAGAACAGAAAAAUUGAAAAAGCUCCUUCAAGAGAAGUAUAAUAAAGAAUACAUGCAGCAUGUGAAGAAUCAAAGCAAAGCUGUGGAGCACUCCAGCCUGCAGAUGCAGAAGCUGUCUUUGCUAGAGGAGGAGAAGCAGCGAGUGGCCCAGCUGCGCAAGAUGCAGAUCGAAUCAGAGCAGUUCCGCUACUUCGAGGACCAACUGCGCAGGCAGGAGCAGGCCAACAAGAAAGACGAAGCUGUCCAAAAAGUGCCUGAGCAAACCGACGGGUCCUGCCUGGCUCGUCCCCCCAAAAACAGCUCCCGGCUGGACCACAGCCACAAAAACAGCCAGUCUCCCCCUGUCAACAGGGCCUUCAAAUCUAGUGCCACGCUGGGUGCCAUACAAGAUCAGAAGGUGGAAGGGCUAAGGAGUGUUGUCGUUCCUAGAGACCUAUCUUACAAGUUUCUGCUUCUUGCUGACAGUAAUACAGCCAGAGGGAUUGAAACCUGUGGGAUUCUUUGUGGAAAACUAACUCAUAAUGAGUUUAUGAUAACUCAUGUGAUAGUUCCCAAGCAGUCUGCGGGCCCAGACUACUGUGACAUGGAGAACGUUGAGGAGCUCUUCAGCUUCCAGGACCAGCUUGACCUGCUCACACUGGGCUGGAUUCAUACACACCCAACUCAGACGGCUUUCCUGUCCAGUGUGGAUCUUCAUACCCACUGCUCGUAUCAGCUAAUGCUACCUGAAGCGAUUGCAAUAGUGUGCUCUCCAAAGCACAACGACACUGGGGUGUUCAGACUGACAAGCACAGGAAUGGGGGAGGUAGCAGGAUGUAAAAUGAAAGGAUUCCACCCACACUCCAAGGAUCCCCCAUUGUUUAAUGUCUGUAACCAUGUUGUUGUGAAAGACAUGAAAACAACUGUGCUGGACCUGAGGUGACAAUGAGGACGAACCUCACCAGGAGCCAUUCUCUAUGUGGCAACCAUUCUGGCAAUUCAGAAAGCUGGAGUUUAAAGUUUUAUAUUUAUAUCUUUGUUUACAUGAAGGCUUUUGUAUUUAUUUAUUUUUUUUAAAGGUACUGUGAAUUGAUAUCGUUUUGCAGACUGGUGUGAACAUUCAUUGUGAAGCUAUGACAAAUGCUGGUGAGUUUAUUUUAUUUUGCUAUUGUUUCAGUGGCUUGCACUCUGAAUUCACAUCGCUGCAGAGCCAGGUUUGAAAUGAUAACUGUCUGAGACUAUUAGACUUCUAAAGCCAUAUGCCUCAUUUCCUAAAAUUUAAACUCUAAAAUCUUCAACUUGAAUUUCCCUGAGGUACAUGUUAUAAACAAAAUGAAAAGGCAAUGGACAUAGAAUGUGUGUUGUGUACCUGGGCUACUUUUGCAUUCUUUAAGAUUAAUUAAUUGCCAGUGGGCUCAGUUUGCCCUACAUGCAAACCAUGAACUAAUUUCCUGUCUAAUUAACUUACCAUGGGGGUAAGUUUGUACUUAGGGAAAAUUAGACCUAUUAUAGUUUUGCUGGUAUGGUGAUACAAUACUAGGUUGUAAUGCUUGAAAAAAUAUUUUACGAGCAAAGGGUAAAAUACAAAGAUCGUAGACUCAGAACAGGAUUAAGGGACAUACUAUUUUGCAGACAGCAUAUACAGUGCUUUCUUGUUCAGUUACAAAGAUAACUAUACUUCCUGCAUGUACAAGAUAUUAGAAUCUGUUUUAGCCAACUACAUUCUUAUAGCAAAGUAGAAUUUCAAUUCAGAAGUAGAGUUCUGUCUUUAAUUCCAUUUAGGAAAUUUUAUUUGUUCCCUAAAAUAAUCUAGAUGUGGUCUUUAGGAGCUAACUAUCAAGAAUAUUAAAUGCUUAUUAACAUAUUAAAUUUAUUUUAAGAUUUGUUUUGUGUAUUUUGGGAACUAGAUGCUUUUAAUAUUUUCUUCAAUUAUAUAUUUUUUCUUAAAGGUGUAAGUAAAUCUUUAACUGACCAAAAAGCAGGUUACAUUCUUGUGUUUUAAAUGCACUGUAAUAAGAAAGCAUGAAAGACUAGCCUAAGAAAGCAAUGCUUGAGGAUGAUAAAAAGCAUGGGCAUUUUCCUGAUAGUGAGAUACUGGAAAACAAGGUGUCAAAUAGUGUAUUAAAUUGCCUUUUUUAUUUCAAAACCAAAUUGUAUAGAAUGUAACAAGCAAAACAAUGAACACGCAAAGCCUUAUAUUAGGAGGGAGUUGUUGCUGUUGACAUUGUGUCAGGGCAGAGUUCUAUGAUGAUGACAGCACAAGACUCAGGUAUCACAAACAUCAUUUCACAUUGUGAGAAAUGUGGUUCUUUCCUCCUUGACACUCUUGUUACAACUUUCUUCCCAGUGCUUUGAUUUUUAACCUCCUCUGUAAUUUUUGAGGCAUUGCAGAAAUGUGAUGUUGGGAUCUACUGUCAUUACGAAAAAUGUGCUGUCUUUGCUGCUCAGAGCUCUUUACAAUUAACACAAGUGCUCUUGCUUCUCCGUUUUAUUCCUUUUUAUUGUAAAAUGUGUUGUUGGACUAAAGCUGCAAGUACAGUGACAGUGAAUCUUGUCCAGUGGCACAGUUUCUAAUUGCAUAGCUGUGGAUUGGUGUGAUAGCAAACGUUAAAGACAGAGAUGGUAUUAACAAAGUACACAAGUAUCCAUACAUACCAACCACAGUAUCCUCUUCUACUGCCGUUUUAAUAAUAAAAAAGAACUUACACUUUG